AUGAGCGCUGAAUGCAGCAGCUACUACAGCGCUGACAGAGUGUUUGUGGACGGAUUCUCCUGCCCCAGACCGGGAAACGCUGCCACUGCUGUGUACUGCUGCGGAUUUAAUGAUGUGAAGUAUUGCUGUGAUGAUCCCAACAGUUUUUUCCCGUAUGAAUACGGAUACAUGUGGUGGCUGAGUAUCGGCGCUCUGGUUGGUCUGUCCAUUGCUGCAGUGGUCCUCCUUGCCUUCCUCAUCACUGUAUGUGUCCUCUGCUACCUCUUCAUUGCCACCAAACCCAGUCGUCUUGACAACGGCCUACCCCUCAGAGCACCAGCAGGAGAUCCCAGUGUGGGAUCCAGUCAAGUGAGAGCGACCUGUGCCACUGGUCCGCAGGGGUUCAGAAAACACUUCAUGAGCAGGAAGCUGGACUGUGAUAACCAGCCGCCAGACCCUGAGGUGCUGUUCCAGAGAUGCUUCACAGCUAACGUCACCGGCGUGAAAGUGGAAAGUCCCUCAUAG